AUGGCCUCUAUCGCCCCUGGGCAAUACCCUUACCGCCCCCUCAGCCAACAAAAAGACGAACCCGAGAUUCGUCUUCUCUCCAUCACCUACCCACCCGCCGGUUCUUCCUCUUCCUCACCACAACAACUUAAACCCCCGAUCAACGAUGACCAUACCUGCCUCCUCACCCUCACCCACCACCGCCUUCCCCUUACCCCUCCCAGCACCUACACAACAGAGCCACCGAACCCACCAUCCUUUGCCGCCCUCUCCUACGUCUGGGGCCUCCCCACCCCCGGCCAAGACCCACCCCAGAUCCAAAUCGACGGCUACGCCGUCCCGGUGACCGCCAACCUGCAUGGGGCGCUCUCUCGGCUCCAGCGCCAGCGCUUCGCGGGGCACCUGUGGAUCGACGCGCUGUGCAUCAACCAAGGCGACGCGACCGAGAAGAGCGCGCAGGUCGCGCUCAUGGGGCGCAUCUACGCGCUGGCGGAGCGCGUUGUCGUGUGGCUGGGGUCGACCCGGGAGGAGGAGCGGGCCGGCUGUGGCGCGCUGCGAGACGUGGGGGAGUUGGGGGCGCUGUUUCGUGAGCAGGUGCUCGGCGUGCCGCAGGGGUUGGCUGGGGCCUGGGAGGGUGGGAGGGUGGAGGGGUUUGUUAAGACUGUGGUUCAGUUUGCUGUUACGGCUAGUACUGAGAAGCAGCAGCGGGUGGGGUUUGACUUUGAGGCGAUAUGGCGGCUCUUACGGGAGCGACCGUGGUGGCGCCGUGUGUGGAUCAUCCAGGAGGUUGUUUUGGCGCGGCAGGCGGUGGUGCUCUGUGGUGAGAAUCCCGAGUUGCCAGGGGCAUCAGUCCCGUGGGAGGACGUGAGGGACUGCCUGCGGCUCUUCGAGUGGAUGGUCCUUUAUCCGAAUACUGGGCCAGAACAUACUCGGCUGUAUGCGCUCCUGGGAGACAUAUACCCCAACGUGUCACACCUUGCUCUGGCGUCGGACGGGUAUAGACGCAGUCUGGAGAAUCCAUAUACCGGCCUUCCGGUGCUCGACAUAAUGAUGUGGACUUCAUUCGGGACAAGCACUGGCGCGUCCAUUCUCGCCACUGACCCUCGAGAUCGGAUAUACGGUCUCCUGGGCAUGGUGCGGGAAGAAGACCGUCGGAGGAUACCCAUCGAUUACUCGCCCGACAUGACACUUGGAAAGGUGCUCUUUGCGGUCGGCAAAGCGCUACUCGAGGACUAUGGGCCGGAUAUGCUCAGCUUUUGCCAUAGGACCUUGCUGUCUCCCGCAGGAUUGCCUUCCUGGGCGCCCGACUGGACGGCGCCGCGUCUCAUGCCCCUCAUAGGAGGCGUUUUCUUCGGCAACGAGAAGGAUGCACGAGGUCGAGGGGACGCUAGCAAGGGGGCCAGCUGGCGAGAUUGGGCCACAAAAUGUCAAAUUAGGCAUGCCGCGUACGAAAAUCCGGUCGUCUCCCUGCAGGGGGUUGUUGUUGGGCAGGUCGGUAGCCUUGGACGAGAGUUCAAAACCGCGCCGGACUCGCCCAGUUACCUCGACAAUUGCCGCGACUGGCUGGUAGAAGUCGAAGAGAUGGCCAAAAUGCGUAAUGCUCGGGGGACUGCCGUGCUUGAUGAGAUCUGGCGAGUUCCCAUGGCCGAUUUUGGCCUUGGAGCGCGAGCUGACGUCGAGGGCGCUGCGAGGUUCAGGCAUGGGUUUGAUGUUUUAAUGGGCAGGAUACCGCCGCCUUGUUCAGAGGUAAAGAGCGGCGCGACGACAAGCUGGGUCUCUGCCGAGUCUUGGGAUUAUCGCCGUGUUUGGAAAAUUUACGAACGACGGGCUUUUGUGGAUGAUGUUGGGCGCCCUGGGCUGGGGCCAAAGGACGCAGCCGUCGGUGAUCAAAUUGUGGUUUUUGCCGGGGCACAUGUGCCUUUUAUUGUCCGCCAGGAGCUGGCUUCUCAGCACAGAUAUCGUGUUCUGGGGCCGGCUUACGUCUACGAAAUGAUGGACGGCGAGGCGCUCACUGGCGGUGUAUCAUUCCGCGUGAUGGACAUCAUUUAA